CCAGUUUGUUGAAUAGAAUUGCGAUGCGACACAUGGAAGAAUCGUGACGUGGCAGAGUUAGUCGGCAUGUCCUCUCACCCGCGAAACGGCCUGACAGCGAAUCCCCCCGUCUGAAGUCUAGGCCAUUGCUCUAUUGCUAAAUCUGUAGGAGAGCUCUCCCCUGUAUCGUUUUGCUAGUUUGAUAUGGCAUCUUCAUUUAACAGAGACCAUGGCCUUGGAGAAAAGAAGGAAAUCGUGACAUAUCGUGUGCUAGUCACGGGCGCAAAUACCGGCCUUGGGUAUGCCAUAUGCACCCGCCUCAUCGAGACGUUUCUGGAUGUCCGCGACCUCCACGAACACCUCCACCUCAUCGUGGCGACGCGGUCCGAAGCAAAAUGCGAGAAAACCAUCCGAUCGCUUCGAAGUCAUAUGAAGCAAUGGAAGAACAAGCAGAUCGCCCAAGGAAACGGCCGUUUGAUCCAGGACCUCAUCCUGAAGGAGAGCCAGGCAGACCCAUUCGUCCGAGUCGCGAUGAGCGGUGAAAUCGUCGACCUGUGUGACCUGAUGUCAGUGCGAGAAUUGGCAGAUAGGCUAUUGACUAGCAAGAUUGGCCAUCUGGACGUGCUAAUAUGUAACGCCGGGGUUGGUGGAUGGGAUGGGAUGAAGUGGCCGCAGGCUGUUAAAGAUGUUCUCACAAAUAUGGUUCAAGCUGUCACUUGGCCGCGAUUCAAAAGAAGCGUCGUCGGCACGGCUGCCGAACCUCAGUUCCAACGAACGAGUGCGGGCAGGGAUUCCGAAAGCAAGACCGACACGCAGGAAAAGGUCUCCGAGCAUCCAGCAUUGGGGCAUAUUUUCUGCUCCAACCUCUUCGGUCAUUAUCUCUUGGGGCAUUACCUCACCCCUUUGCUGUCCAAGGUGCCGACGGUCCAGGAAGCUCGAGGACGAAUCAUCUGGAUUUCCAGCUUGGAAGCCUAUGAUUAUGCAUUGAACCUCGACGACAUCCAAGGCCUGGAAGCCGAGGAGCCGUAUGAGAGCUCCAAACGCCUCACGGACCUCCUCGCCCUCUCCUCCGAGCUCAAGUCCACCGCUCCGUGGGCGUCGAAGUACCUCGGGACUGGCGAGAAAAAGUCUGAAUCCAGCUCCGGAACGCCCUCCAUCUACCUCACCCACCCCGGCAUCUGCGCCACGGGCAUCGCCGCGAUGCCCUUCGUCCUUCACUACGCCAUGAUCGUCGUGUUCUAUCUCGCCCGCAUCCUCGGCUCCCCAUGGCACACCGUUAGUGCGUACAUUGGGGCCGCCGCGCCGGUCUACCUCGCGCUCGUCCCGCAGACGCAGCUCGACGUGAACGAGCGGACGCGGGGCCUGGGCAAGUCGAAGUGGGGGUCUGGCACGAAUCGGAUUGGGUCUGAGAUGGUGUCGCGGACGGAGGUAGAGGGGUGGGGGCUAGGCGGGAAGAUUGGCACGGAUCCGGAGGAUUGGGAGAUGAGGAGGGAGCAGGCGGGGCCGGUGACGGUGGCGAGGGUGGUGGGGAGGGAGGAGAAGGAAGGGUUUGAGACGAGGGCGAUUGAGGCGUGGAGGGAGAUGGAGGGGUUGAGGGAGGAUUGGGAGGGGAGGAUUGAGAAGGAGUGGAAGAGGAAGCUGGAUGGGGAGGGGAAAUAAGGGACGGGAGUCGGAUGCAUAUCGGCGUGUCGGUUGGGUGCUUGCAUGCUUGUCCUACCGAGUCUAUGCAUGCUAAUGUAAUGAAAUGUUGAGCCGGCUUGAAAACGGUUCCCAUGUUUGUGGCAUAUGAAUACAUACUACAUACAGAAUAGAACACUUAUAAUAAUCCCC